AUGAAAAAAUAUGAGAACUCGAUAGAGGCGAUUUCUGAUCUGCCUCAGUGUAUAUUCACAAACAUGCCAUCUCUACUUAGGCCAAUAAGUGAGGAUGGAAAAUGACCUUUAUGCCUUGAACUUCCUAAUAUUUUUCUAUUUGAGCCUAUUAUUAUUUCAUCAGAAAGUACAGAGAAUCCUCAAGAACCAGAAGACCCAUCUCUAUUCCAUCAGCCAAGGGAAUCAAGAUGCAAAAGUAUUACAGCUUGCUCUCAUACUGACAAAAAGCAUUAUGCGAAAAAUAUGUGCAAUAAUUGCUAUCACCGAUUUGGGAGAAAUAAAUUAGCUUGGGCUUGCUCUCACCCAGAAAGGCAGCAUUAUGCAAAAGGAAAGUGUCAGCUGUGCUAUUUGCAGGAUUAUCACAGAUCAAAAGUAUUCGGUAAGAGAAGAAAAAUACGGUCCUUAAAGGAUACAGAGGAUAAUAAUAGUAAUUAA